GGGGGCUGGUGCGUGGCGAGCAACCACCGCGCCGGACCCGGCGCUGCUGCGUGAGCGCGCUCGACCCAUUGUUUGUGGGUGUUUUUUUUUUUCAAAAUAUGGCAAAGGUUCAGGUGAACAAUGUAGUGGUGUUGGAUAAUCCGUCUCCUUUCUACAACCCUUUCCAGUUCGAGAUCACAUUCGAGUGCAUAGAGGACCUGUCGGAAGAUUUGGAAUGGAAAAUUAUUUAUGUGGGUUCAGCUGAAAGUGAAGAGUACGAUCAAGUGUUAGACUCUGUUUUAGUAGGACCUGUUCCUGCAGGCAGACACAUGUUUGUAUUUCAGGCUGAUGCACCUAACCCAGGGCUUAUUCCAGAUGCAGAUGCAGUAGGUGUAACAGUUGUGCUAAUUACAUGUACCUAUCGAGGUCAAGAAUUUAUUAGAGUCGGCUACUAUGUAAACAAUGAAUAUACUGAAACAGAACUGAGAGAGAAUCCACCAGUAAAGCCAGAUUUUUCUAAGCUUCAAAGGAAUAUUUUGGCAUCUAAUCCCAGAGUCACAAGAUUCCACAUUAACUGGGAGGACAACACUGAAAAACUGGAAGAUGCAGAGAGCAGUAACCCAAAUCUACAGUCACUGCUUUCUACAGAUGCAUUACCUUCAGCAUCAAAGGGGUGGUCGACAUCAGAAAAUUCACUAAAUGUUAUGUUAGAAUCUCAUAUGGACUGCAUGUGACUAACCACCAUUAUUUUGGUACUGUACAUGUGUUAAACUGUAAAAACAACCAGAACUAUUUCUCUCAAGUUCCGUAAGUACAUAGUUGAGAAGCAAUGUGAAGAACUUGUUUUAAAACAUCCUGUAGAAAGUUUAUAAAAAACCCCAAAAAACAACCAAACAGUAUUUGAGCAAAUUGUGGAAUAUAAAUACAGCUAUUUUUAAGUAA